ACGGAGGAAGUUCGCUUACUCAUCAGUGGGCUCUGAGAGGCCGGAUUGCUGCUUCUCCCAUCCUCGCCACCUGUCUCGCUCCGCAAGUGCAACCCAGGCAGUUUUCGAACAACCGCUGCUCUGUGCGCCUGUGUCUGGCGCCCGUGGGUCCCACGUGCCGCGGACUUUCCCUGUCCCCGCUCUCCGCUUUUCUCCCGGGACUCCACGGCAGAGUGGGCUCUGAGAGGCCGGGCUGCUGCUUCUCCCACCCUCGCCGCCAGUCUUGCUCCGCAAGUGCAACCCAGACAGUUUUCGAACAACCGCUGCUCUGUGCGUCUGGCGCCCGUGGGUCCCACGUGCCGCGGACUUUCCCUGUCCCCGCUCUCCGCUUUUCUCCUGGGAAUCUCCACGGCAGUGUACACGCAGGAAGCCUAUGGCCGUAUCUGAGGGUGUUUGUGCAGCACUGCAGUAUCUGAAGUUCCCUUUGUGACCAUCUCUAACUGGAAACCAAGGUGCAAAUUCAACAUAGAAGGUAACUAGAGAAGUUCACCUUUUCUUCCAGGUCUGCAUUAGCUGGGAGCUGGAAACUGGAGCUGGCCCUGGAAAUCAAACUUUUGCAAUCUGAGGUGAUGAUAGCAUUUGAAGACCUGGCUGUGUACUUUACCUGGGAAGAAUGGCAGAACAUGAACAAAGCUCAGAAAAUCCUGUACAGGGAUGUGAUGCUGGAGAUCUACAGCAGCCUGUUCUCCUUGGGACACUGUAUUACCAAACCUGACUUGAUCUUCAAGUUGGAGCAAGGAGCAGAGCCAUGGAUGGUGGAAGAAUGCCUAAAUCAGAGCCUUCCAGUUGCCAUGAAAAGUGAUGAUAUAAUUAGGACCAACCAGGAAAUUCAAGACGAAAAUUUGAAUCAUGAUGUUAUGACAAAUAACGAGUCAUCAACUCCCAACAUAGUUGAGAUAAGCAGUUCAAAUCAUAUUUCAAAACUGAUUAUCAAAGAUGAAAAUUAUUUAGCAAUGAAACCUGAGGAAUGCAAUGUAUGUCACAAUAUGUAUCCCCACAGUGGGCCUGAUGAGCUACAAGCUGGUGAGAAACUUGAUGCUGUUAUGGUACCUGGGAAUUCCCUCAAUUGCUGUGAGCCUCUUAAUGAGUAUCACAAUAUGCAGACUGUGACGCAGUCAUUUGAACAUAGUGGACAUGAGAAAGACUUCAAAAGGGAGAAGAUAUUCUUCAGAUUUGAGAUGGUCCAUAUGGGAGAGUCCUAUAAUGAGUCAACUGUCACUGUUGGAAACACAACUCAAAUUGAAAAAACUUUUCAUAAAGAUACUAACCUCCGUAUGCAUCAACAAAUCAACAUAGGAGAGAAAUUCUAUGAAGAUAUGGGGUAUGUUUACCAAUCAGAUCUUGCAGUAAAUCAGAGACCAGAUACAGGGAAAAAAUCCUAUUCAUGUAUACUUUGUGGGAAAUCAUUCAGUUAUAAGUCCUGCCAUAGCAUCCAUCACAGUAUUCACAUGCAGGAAAACCACCAUGUAUGUAAUGAAUGCGGAGAAAUCACAUACCAGAAGUCAAAUCUUAUUAGACAGCAUACAAGGGAUAAAUCUCAUGAAUUCAAUGAGUGUGGAACAGCCAUUUUCCAGAAAUCAUGCCUCAUAAGACAUCAGAGAAUUCACACAGGGGAGAAGCCUUAUGAGUGUAACGACUGUGGAAAAACUUUUGACUAUAAAUCACAAUUCAUAAUACACCAGAGAAUUCACACAGGGGAGAAACCUCAUGAAUGCAAUGACUGUGGAAAAGCCUUUGGCCAGAAAUCAGACCUCAUCAAACAUCAGAGAAUUCAUACAGGAGAGAAACCUCAUGAAUGUAGUGACUGUGGAAAAGCAUUUGGCAAGAAGUCAAAUCUUGUAAUGCAUCAGAGAAUUCACACAGGAGAAAAACCUUAUGAAUGCAGUUGUUGUGGAAAAGCCUUUCUGUGCAAGUCACACCUCAUGAAACAUCAGAGAACUCACACAGGUGAGAAACCUUUUCAAUGUAGUGAAUGUGGGAAAGCCUUUGGUAGUAAGUCAAAUCUCUUAAUGCAUUAUAGAAUUCAUACAGGGGAGAAACCUUAUGUAUGUAAUGACUGUGGAAAAGCUUUUGGCCAGAAAUCAGAUCUCAUCAAACAUCAGAGAAUUCACAUAGGGGAGAAACCUUAUGAAUGUAAUGAUUGUGGGAAAGCCUUUGGCCAUAAUUCAGACCUUAUCAAACAUCAGAGAAUUCACGCAGGGGUGAAACCUUUUGAAUGUAGUGACUGUGGAAAAGCCUUUGGCCAGAAGUCAGACCUUAUCAAACAUCAGAGAAUUCACAGUGGGGAGAAACCUCAUGAAUGUAAUUACUGUGGAAAAGCCUUUGGCUAUAAGUCAAAUCUUAUAAUGCAUCAGAGAAUUCACACAGGAGAGAAACCUUAUGGAUGCAAUGGCUGUGGAAAAGCCUUUAUGCGCAAGUCACACCUCAUCAAACAUCAGAGAAUUCACACAGGGGAGAAACCUUAUGAAUGUAAUGACUGUGGGAAAGCCUUUGGUGAUAAGUCAAAUCUCUUAAUGCAUCAGAGAAUUCACACAGGGGAGAAACCUUAUGAAUGUAAUGACUGUGGAAAAGGCUUUGGCCAGAAGUCACAACUCCUAAUGCAUCAUAGAAUUCACACAGGGGAGAAACCUCAUGAAUGCAAUGACUGUGGAAAAGCCUUUGGCUAUAAGUCAAACCUUGUAAUGCAUCAGAGAAUUCACACAGGAGAGAAACCUCAUGAAUGCAAUGACUGUGGAAAAGCCUUUGGCUAUAAGUCAAAUCUCGUAAUGCAUCAGAGAAUUCACACAGGAGAGAAACCUUAUGAAUGCAAUGGCUGUGGAAAAGCCUUCCUGUGCAAGUCACACCUUAUCAAACAUCACAGAAUUCACACAGGUGAGAAGCCUCAUGUAUGUGGUGACUGUGGAAAAGCCUUUGGCUAUAAGUCAAACCUUGUAAUGCAUCAGAAGAUUCACACAGGAGACAAACCUUAUGAAUGCAAUGACUGUGGAAAAGCCUUUGCCAAUAAAUCACGACUCAUAAUGCAUCAGAGAAUUCACACAAGGGAGUAAACUUAGGAAUGUAAUGGCUACGGAAAAGCCUUUGGCAAUAAAUCACAACUCAUAAUGCAUCAGAGAACUCACACAGGGCAGUAACUUUAUGAAUGUAAUGACUGGAAAAGACUCUUGCUGUAAAUCACAACUUAUAACACUAGAGCAACUUCUAAGACUGGAUGAGUGGUGACAUUCUUUCAGUUCCUUUUUUGUUAUGGAAGAUCUUUAUUUCACAUUCAUUCAAAAUACAGAGGUCAGCAGGGUAUAGUAUUCUCAGUUGACAGGUUUUUUUUUUUUUUCUCUUAAAACUUGGACUAUAUCUCUAUUUUCUCCUAGCCCAUAGAGAUUCUGAUGAGAAGUCACCUGCGAAUCUAUUUGGAAAUCCUCCGAAAGUUGUUUGGCAUUUGUGUCGUGCAUGUUUUAGAAUAUUCUUUAUGCAUUACUGUUGAAAGUUUGCAGUAUUGUGGUAAAGAUCUUUCUGGUCAGUGCUAUUAUGAGUUCUGUGUGCUUCCUAUAUUUGGACAUCCCAUUAUUUCUGAAAAUUGGGAAAAUUUUUAUAAUUAUUUCACCAAAUAUGCCUUCUAAACCAUUCUCUUUCCACCCCCCGGAACUGUAUUUUGGAUCAUUUUAUUGUAUCCCAUAAAUUUCCAACACUGUCCUAUUUUCUAAAAUUUUAUUUUUCAAGAUUCAUAUAUUUAUACACACACACACUCCUGUAGGUUUUAGGAACAUAGUGAUAUUUUCUGCCCUCUCCUUGAUACAAGUUCCAGAAUUUCCACCUCCUUGCUCUCCUGUUACCUCUCUUAAUUUUUACAGAGAUCCUUUUUUCAGCUUACUUUAUACACAUAAGGCAAACCCUACACUAAGUAAAGAGUUUAACAAAUAGUAUGAAGGAAAAAAGAAAACAUUGUUCCUCAGCAGAAGAGAUAAGGGCUUAAACAAUCAUCAAAUCUCAAAGUGUUCAUUUCACUCCAAUGUAUUGUAGGUAUUCUGUUAGUUACCACAGAUAAGGGAAAACAUAAUAUCUGCUUUUUAGGGGCUGGUUUAUUUAAGUGCAGUGUUUUCCAGUUGCAUCCAUUUUGUUGCAAGAAACAUGAUUUCUUUAUUUACAGCUGAGUAGUGCUCCAUAAUAUAUAAAUACCAGAAUUUUUUAAUCCAAUCAGUUAAUGAACAUCUGGGUUGAUUCAAAUAUUAGCUAUUGUAAAUUGAGUGGCAAUGAUUAGUUAUCAGUGAUACAGAUAACUGUUUUAGAUGCUGUUUUCUUUUGAUUCGAGUGAAUUCCCAGGAGUGUAAUGACUGGAUUAUGUGCUAAGUUUAUAUUCAUAUUUCUGAGGUAUUGGUAAUCUGUCUUCCAUAGUGGCUGGGCCACCUGGAAUGCUCACCAACAAUGGAUUAGGAUACCUUUUUCUCCAUCUCUUCACCAGCAUUUGUUAUUUGUUUAUUUCUGUAUGUGAGCCAUUGUAAAUGGGUUGAGGUGAAAUUUCAUUGUAGUUUUGACUUGCGUUUCCCUAAUAGCUAGUGAUCUUGAGCAUUAUUUCACGUGUCUCUUGGCCAGUUGUAUUUCUUUGCUAAAAAAAUGCCUGUUCAGGCCCUUUCCCAUUUUGUUACUGGAGUGUUUGUUUUGUUGUAGCUGAGUUUCUUGAGCUCUUUGUAGAUUCUGUUUAUUAAUCUUUUACCACUUGAGUUGUUAAUAUUUUCUCGCAUUCUCUUGGUUGCCUCUUUGCUGAGUGCUUCUUUUGCAGUACAGAUGCUUCUCUAUUAGUAAUCCCAAUUAUCAGUUUUGGCUUUGAUUGCCUGUGCUUCUAGGAUUUUUUUUCCAAGAAUUCUUCACCUAUGCUAAUGUCUUGUAAGGUUUUUCUAUGAUCUCUGAUGAUUUGAUGGUAUUAGGUUGUAGAUUUAGGUGUUUGAUUGAUUUUGAUUGGGUUUUUGUUUAAGAUGUAAGGUAAAGGUCUUGCUACAUACUUCUGCAUGUGGAGAUCAUUAUCCAAGCACCAUUUGAUGGAAAGACUGUCAUUGCUCCAUGGAUUGUUUUAGCUCCUUUGUCAAAAAUAAAUUGGUUGUAGAUGUGAAUUGAUUUCUGAAGUUUCUGUUCUUUUUCAUUGGUCUACAAGUCUGUUUUUGUGCCAGUACAAGACUAUUUUGUUUAUAACUGCCCUGUAUUAUGCCUUGAGAUCCAGUAUUGUGAUGCCCCGCCUUUGUUUUUGUUACAUAAGAUUGCUUUAGGUAUUUGAGUUCUCUUUUGUUUUCACUUGAUGCUCAGCAUGAUUUUUCUAGAUUUUUCAUAGCACUGAUAAAUACCACUUGGUCCAGGUGAAUGAUUUUUUGAUGCAUUUUGGAUUCAGUUAGUAUUUUAUUGAGGAUAUCUGCAUCUGUAUUCAUCAGACAAAUUGGUCUAUAGUUCUCUUUUUCUGUUUUAUCUUUUUCUGGUUCAGCAACUAAGGUGAUGCUGGCUUCAUAGAAGGAGUUCCCUCUGUAAGGAAAGGAGGGGAGAAACAAAGAGACUGGGUACAGAGUCACUGGAAAACCAAAUUUAUUCAAAGUUAACUCACAGAGGUUGACCUGCUGCCAGCGUGCACACCGAACACGUGGCUGAGGGUCCAGACCCAAGGGACUGAGCUUUUUUAUAUCUUAGGUGAGCCAUUGGUGAGAGUGGGGAGGGUAGAAGCUGGAGGCUAAUUUCUUCAUACAGGUUCUUCAAGUUUGCCUCCCAGGCCACCAGACCUGUGAAUGAAUGCAGGGGGUGUGGGGUGGAGAAUAAUAGUGUGUGAGACUGAAUUGGGAUUCAGUGACAAGGGAUAAAUUUUGAUUUUAUCUAUCUGAGGCUUAUUUCUUUUUCUAUAUCCCUUCUUUUCAGUUAUUUUUAUUAGCUUGACAAAAAUUGGAAUUAAUUAUUUAAAUAUCUGAUAGAACUCUGUAGUGAAACCAUCCAGCCCUGGGCUUUUCUUUAUUAAGAGGGUCUUUAUUACUGAUUCAGUUUCAGUCUUGGUUAUUGAUCUGUUUAGGUUUUCUGUGUCUUUAUGACUCAAUUUUGGUAGAUUGUGUGCCAGAAUCUCUCCCUUUCUUGUAGGUUUCCCAGAGCCUGUGGUAUGCCUUAAUGGGAAUGCCUCCUCAUAGUUCUACAUGUGUGCCUUUGCCAUCUGUCAGUCCAUCCAGUCAGGCUCAGAGUAAAUGGGGACUGCAGAUAUUUCUCUCCACUAGAAUCUCUGGAUCACACAAGGGUCACUUGCCAAAUGUAGCUCUCUCCCUGCAUCUGCUGCCAGUACUACCACGAAGAUGGCAUCCUGUUUCAGCCAGUUGCUGUGCAUGUAAACAGAGGUUUUGGCAUCUGCCACCCAACUUCAAAAUGGCAUUCAUUCUCAGCCAGGCAGCGGGUGCUGUUGUGGGGAGGUUGGGGUGAAGUAAACAUGUCCAUUUUACUUACACUGGUAACUGCUAAUGCCAUCUAGGCCCUAGAGCUUCAGUCUGGAUAUGCACCAUACUCUCCCUUCAGCCAUAUCACCACAGGUUGCUGUAGUCCAGUCUCACCUUUCUCCAAGCUGGCACCCUCUCCAGCUCUCAGCUGCUGUAGUUUUUUUCUUGUGUCCUUGUUCAUAGAGCAUGGCCACAUCUUUGGCAAAGGUCCAUGGUAUUCCUCUUUCUUUUGUAGUUUCCAGUGUGGUUUUCAUUCAUUCUCCACUGAGAGUGUGUUCCCUCCUUUUUUUUUUUUUCUUUGCUAUUUUAUCCCUAGCCUAUACAGUAUGUUAUUCCCUGAUCUAUCAUCUUGGAAUCUCCUACACCUUAUUUUCCACAAUCAAAGAUUGUGUAAAUAUUUCUAUUUUGUUUCAUUAGAGCAGAUGACUUGCCCAUGAUGUAUCUAAACUUAAAGUGAUUCUGAUAUCACAACACGGUUUAUCUUCUUUGCAGGAAAAGUAAAGGAUUUCUCUUAAAACUUCAACUCGCCAAACAAGACAAUGCUGUUUGCUUUUGGUUUUCAGUGGUUUAUUUAGGUCUCCCUGGUUUAUGGUAUCAUAAACAUUUUGCAUUUUAAGAAAAAUAUUUUUGUUCAGAAGUUUGUAUCUGUACCAUCUUUUUAUUUUUCCUUUGAAUCAUUAUGUUUAAAAGUCUUCCAAAGCAAAAGUUGACUCCUAGAAUCAAAUGCUAAAGUGUGCACACUGAUAUGUGGAUAAUUUCACAAAGUUCACUCAUUUAACUGGGCUGAUCAUUGCCAAACAGUGUUUAAUGGUCAUCAUGGAACAAUCAUUUCAUUUUAAAUUCUCUGGAAACCAAAAUAACAGAAACAUUUGCUUCCUCAUAUGUAUAUGGAAUAAAACUAUGGAUAGUAUGUUUAUAACCUUAUAAACAUAUGUCUUAUCCAGACAUAUUUUACUUUUUAACAUUUAAAAUUGUAUCUGAGAAGAAGAGAAAUUACUUCUCCAAAUGUCUGCAGUGCUUCAGGGCCAGGCUAGGCCCUGAAGCCAGGAGUUAGGAAUUCAAUCCUGGUUUCCCACAUGUUUGGCAGGAAUCCAAUUACUUGGCCAACACUGCUGACCCCAAGAACUGUGUUAUUGGACCAUGGUGACAAGAGCUAUAAUUAGGAUAAAACCCAGAUACCAUGAUGUAGGGGAUGGGUGUUUUUACCUACAUCAUCAUGACCAGGUGAAAUGUCCAGCUCAGAUGUAUUUCAAAUGAACACUUCAGGAUUGUUUGUUUUUUUUUUUUUUAAUCAGCAUUUAAGAUCUUAGUA